AUGUCGAAAUCUGCUUCACAAAACCCUACCAGUGACUCACCUGAACGUACUUUCUCAUAUGCAGAUGCGGCCAAGAAGUCAUCGGAACCAAGUCGUGACAACUCGCCUGCCUGUGUUGCCGUUGCGUCACCAUCAGGAAAGUCUGAAUCACCAGCGCCGACGACACCAGCCCCAGUUUCACGCCCAGUGGAAACGAGUGACACUGAAGUGUUACCAUGUGCAAAUGUGUCAGCAGGAGCUUCUGGUGCUGCUGAUGGGCUGUCCUUUUUCUAUGAUGAGACUGAAGCUGCUCUAGAAGAAAAUCAGAAUGAAGCGGACAACGGAGCAACGCCCGAGGGCGCUUUUGUGCUGAACCUUGGCGGAAAAACUGUGCAUUUUGCCAAAGGAAUGGCAUCGUCGCCUGUGGAUGCACCUCCAUCAAACAGUCACCAUAUGUGCAUGGUUGAAAUGUUGGCCCAACGGUGGAAAAUGUUCCAAGAGGGUCAUGAAAUGUCAUCUCCAGUCAAGGUCACACCCGCACAGUAUCGCAAGUACGGAGUCAAUGGCACGCUUCAGCUUUCUACCGGCUUUUUUCAGCGGUAUUUCGAAAGCGACGGUACGACAACGGAAAUUCCGAUUCUUCAAGUGUCGCUAGCCAGGAAGCUGACAGAAGGAAUGGCUGGUUGGCCUGAAUCGUGUCUAAGAUUGCGCCUGACCGAUGGAGCAUUCCAUUAUUCCGGUCUUUUCGUGGUCAGCAGCUUGGAGAGCCAAUGCGAUCGAGACAAUUUGGUCGGCAAUGCUGAGAAUGGUGGUGAAAUAAUCGCGGUCACUAAAAUGUACAUCAAUCCUACAGGAUGUGUGGGGAAGAAAGAUAACGCUCAAGGGAAACCCAUGCUAAUGAUCGCUGGAUACGAAUUACUUUCAAGAGGACACCCUAUAUUGUCUCCAGGCGUGAGUCACGAUGGUGACAAGGAUAAAUUCUCAACAUUCAAAUCUACGGAAGUGUAUUCUGUUCCAUGGAAAAAUCCGAGUUUACCCGACUCUAAUGGGGCUGCACAAGUUGCACGUCCAUCAGCUCCCCGUCGACAACCGCAAAGUUUUGGAUCUGGCAACACAACACCGAUCAGUAUGAUUACUCCUUACAUAAGCAAAUGGAGGAUCUGCGGAUUAUGUACAGCUAAAGACGAGCUGAAAACUACAAAGGCUCGAAGUGGUGCCGGCGACAUGAAGGUGUUCAGUUUUGAAUUGACGGAUAAGGAUGGUGCUUCGAUACGGAUUACUGGCUUUAAUGACGCAGCCGAAAGAGCGUAUAGCAUCAUCCAGACCGAUUGUUCGUACUAUAUUGCUGGUGGCACAGUGAAACAAGCGAACAAGCGCUUCAAUACUACUGGCCAUGAUUAUGAACUAUCUAUUAAUUCCAGCACAGAGAUUACGCCAUGCCACGACCAAAUUCCAAAACCGGCGUUGGUACUCAAGAUAUGUCCUCUACAAAAUAUACCAAGUCACAAGGACGAAGUUGUUGAUGUUUUAGCAGUUGUCGAUAAGAUGGAGCCGGUCAACAGGUUCAUUUCGAAACAAGGUCGGGACUGUGUGAAACGUGACCUUCAAUUGAUUGAUCAGACGGGAACUGUAGCACAACUUACGCUUUGGGGCGACCAAGCCGAGAAUUUUGAUGAACAUGCACUUGGGCAGGUCAUUUCUGUGAAAGGAGCUCUGGUGAAAGAGUGGAAUGGAGCGUUCAGUUUGGCACUCUCUUCUGGUUCAAAAAUCGAGCUAAGUCCUCAGCUUGAUGAGGUUCCGAAGUUAUAUGAAUGGUAUACAACCGAGCGGUCAUCGGGUUGCGGUAACGAGGGAUGCUCCAAAAAAGUUGUUCAACUCGGCGUUGAUCAGUACAGGUGUGAGAAAUGUGACACGACAAGUGAUUCAUUCAAAUGGAGGUACAUGGUUCAGGCCGAGAUCACCGAUCUCUCCGGCUCUAUAUGGGUAACUAUGUUCUCGAGUUCUGCGACGAAAGUGUUUGGAAUGGAAGCUCAGCAGCUCGGCGAGCUGAAGGAAGCUGACAAGGACGCUUAUGAUAGAGUGUUGACGGACAUUUGCUUCAAAUAUUAUAACUGGCGAAUAAACGCGAAACCGAGCACUUUCAAUGUAAGUAGUUUUUUCUAG